AACUUAAAUUAGUUUGUGAAGUCGGUUUCUCUCCGACACACGCGUCACAUAAAAAUGUGUAUUUGGCGUAUUUUGUCUUCAUUGGCAAAGCGAGAAGAACAAGACGAUCAGCAGCACAAGGAUGAGGAGAAGGAACGCCGGCGGUUGGCUUAUGGAAUUGCCGCGAAUCCGUAUGUGGUAGAAGAGAUCAAGACUCCCAAUGGAAACGUCACAAAAGUGAUGGAGAAACGACGAUCCGCGGUGGCCCCGCCCAUCACACCAGCCCUCGGAGCAGGCUCGACCAACGGACCAUACGAGAGUCGGACCAAGACCGCUCAAAAGGAAGAAGCAAUGAGCUGUCACUUGCAAGUGAUCGCCGACAAUUGGGGACGUGGAAAGGAGCUCAUUUCGCUCAUCAAUGAUUUGGAUCUCCCUGCGCCGCUGGUGACGACAGAGGAAAAGGCGCGGUACGCUUUGGAGCUCGUGCAACAUCAUGUGGAGAAAAUGACCGAGCAGAAGGUUUUCCUGCACGGAUAUCUUGAUGAUGGACCGCCGUUCGUUUGCUCAUCGGAGACCUUGGCGAAGGAGAUCUUCAGCGAUGCCCGUCUUGAGCUGAAGCUUGAAUUGACGUCACCGGUGCACAUGAAGAUGGACGUGUUCUCUGUGAAAUUGGAGCCACAACAGAAGACAGUGCUGCCAGAACCCACCAAGGAAACGCCGAAAACCGACGCUCUCCUCACACCGGGAUCUCAUAUUAAGGGAAGAUCAAUGGCGGCUGAAUCGUCGAAGCGCAAAGCCCCGAAGCUGCCCACUGAUUUGACGAACUUGGUCCCACUGCUCCAACAAGCUCAGAUGCUUCCAGUCACCGAAAAGGCCACCAAGGAGAAGCUCCAGACUCCGAAGCAAUCGCCAAUGCCAGGCACCCCGGAAAAUACGUCGCUCCCACCGUCCUUGAUUAAGAAGAAGAAGAAGGAGUCGACAUCGAAACAAGCAGCGCUGGAAGCGUUCGUCACUGUGGACAAGCCACACGAUUGAAGUUCUUCUGAGCCCCCGACCGCCUCUCGUGAUUUUCCCCCGUUUUUAGGUCCUUCAUUUUUUUUAUGGAGCCCCAUUUCCCCUUUUCUAUGCUCAUCGUUCCCCACAAUUGUAUUAUUUAUGACCUCGUAUAGUCCCAUUCUUUUUUCAAACUCCCCGUCCGUAUUUAUUUCCCCACACAAUUUCACUUCUAUUACUUUUCUCUGACAAUAAAUUUUUUUUUGUC